AAAACUAGAACCUGCUGCUUCUUCUUCUUCUCCUGCUCUUGCUCGUGUGUCGAUGUCGGUGCUGCGUCCGAGGCUCUUCGAGAGACGAGCACCGAUUGGAUUCGUUCAGGAGCCGAGUGUGAGAGGUGGGGCAGGCGCAGAACGCCAGAGGAGGAGGAGGAGGAGGAGGAGGGGCCGAGAGAGAUGACGACCAGGGAUCCACUCUCACUCUGUAAGUGGACCGUGCUGAUCUGACACUGCGAAUCUCCGACUGCCUCGACUCGCAUUCUCGAUGUUCCGAUUCGUUUCAAGAGUCCUGAGGAUGAUGAUGACGGUGAAUCUUGGCUCCACAGACGAAGGGAUGAUGCACAUUGUUCGGAGUAGGAGGAAAACAUGACAGAGCACACGGCAUCGAACCUACCUCCAGCACCAGAAAACAAGGUCAGCGCGGCCACAUUGAACCAUAUUUCGCCGUAUUUUCUGCCAACGCACCGAUCCUCUUAGCCAAAACACUCUCGAGAAGCAAAUGGAGUCCAACGAGAUUCACACCCAACAAUACUCUUCAUGCCAGGAAUGUGAUGCAAUCGGACUAGAGAUCCUCGUUGCAAUCACUGCAAUCGAGUCGAUGCAGAGGAUCUCCUCCUGAUCCAUCAGACCAACAGUGCAAUAGAGCGGAAAGAGCAUCGCCUGAGCCGAUCGACCAAAUUGAGCGAGAGAGCUCUGUACACACAAUUCCCAUGUUCUCCAUUUCUCCAUAUCCCCAUUUCUCCAUUCCCCAUAGUACGAGGGCCACGAAGAAGAAUGACAGUCAUGGACAUGAUGGACUCGAUCACGGAGGCUGCGAGGCACCGAGCAGAGGACUGGCGGGACUCCGGGCAAGCACUGCUGAGGAGAUUUCAAGCGUGGCGGGACUCGGCGUCUGAGAAGCUGCAUCCAUGCCUGCGCUACCCUCUGCUGGCUCUGAUCGACGCAAUCUACUGGUGCUCGGUGGGAAUCGGCCUGCUGGCGCUGCUGCUGCUGGGGCUCGUGCUCCUCUGCGCCUUCUUCUUCAUUGUCAUGGCUCCAUUUCUCGUCGUGGGCUCCUGGCUCAGCGCGUACCUGCUGCCUCCCGUGGACAGAGCAUUCCGGCCGUCGCUGUAUAUGAGGCACGUCAUUUUCGCGCUGGCCAGCGCGCUGCUCUUCGGCAUUGUGUACAAGCUCAACGAGCUCGUCAAGAGCCAGAACCCGGAUCAAAACCUGGCGGACUUGCUGAGCAAUUUCACCGACGGGCUCGCUCUGCUGCCGUGGAUGCUCGUCACGUACGCGUUGUGGAUCGCCAUCUCUGCCUGCUGCGUCGUGCUCACGUACGAUAUCACGCUGGCCGGAGCGUGGGGAUUCGUGGCCGUCUCCUUCUGUCUCUACUACUUCUUCUUCUUCUGCUACCUGCUCAUUCGCCAUAUCCCGUGGUAUGUGCUGCUGCCCUUGGUCGUCCUGCUGCCCCUUUUCUUCAUCAGUUUGCUUCGCCGGGUCAAGUCUGAUCCACGUUCCGACGACGGCGAGCAGCCUUACGACCCUCCCGAGUCCAUGUAUGGUGAGGUUCAGAGCUGUGCACUGCCGUAGACCAAGUGAGCACUGCAGGCACUCACUCAUAACCCUCCCCUCCCCAUGGCAGACCGAUGAAGAAGGCACAUUUUAUUCAUUCUUAUCAUUCACAGAGGGUAUCAGUAUGCACGUAAAUCUAGUGCAGCAGGCACCUCACCGCCCCUCACUCCCACGCUGUUAUUAUCUUGCCUUUGUUUCCUUCUUUUGCCAGUGAGUGAGAGAGAGUGCUGAAUGGAUGGAGUCAUGGUCUAGUACCGGAGGGUGAGCAGAGAGGAACCAUUUUGCAACACACGUACGUACAUACAUGGCAAGACAGACAUGGCUCGCUGCCACUUGCUCACACUGGAGACCGACUUCAGUGAGCUGACAUGUGGGGAGGAGGAGCAAGAUUCACGAAGAAGCAAGGUGAUGACGGUGAACAAUCUGUCAACGAGCAAGACUGUGCGCGUGCGAGUAGGCGGGCAGGUCUGCGAUUGGAGCUCUUCUUCGAUCGUGAAUCAUACUACUGCAUACAACUUGGCUCAGCAGCGGUCGAUUUGUGUCCGAAAGGUUCUUCGAGUGGUUUAGACUCUUCAUUUUUUGUUGUGAUGACCGAGAACAGACUCAUUGCAAACUCGGCUUCUAUGACAACCCCGCCGCUGUCAGCCGUACAGCCUGUCCGACGAGUACUCCUCUGCCUGCAGCCUACCGUACUGUCAUUCGCUAGACACCAUCGUUGCUAGCCUCAGAAGCAUGCUUAGUGCACUGGUGUUGCCCAACGAUGGAGGUCUGAAAUUGGAUUCGGUAAACGGCCAACUGAAGACACCCUUAUACUGUAAGAUAUUCCAGACCUCAAUUGCAUCCAAUGACCCUUGUACAUUUUCGCGGCAUUCAACUCCGCCACCCUUUCAGUUCUCUGGAUGUGCGAAUUGCACGUAUACAGCACGGUCGGGUCUUGAUGGUCAAAGACGAUACGAGCGUGCACACUUAUUCGACUACGGCCGGCUCUUCCGGUUGGUUUAAUAAUUGAUCCAGCAAAUGCAACACACUGAUUCUCCA